AUGGGCUCCAACCCGCCAUCCCCAAGGUUGUGGAUCGCUUACGACCAAGGAGACAACCCCGAGCUCCAGUGCCACAGCAAAGGUCGAAUACCAAGGGAAUGGAAGUCGAAGAAUGACAGAGCUCUUCAGUACGAACCCCUGGAUCCUGCGAAGCGUGAAAUCAGGCUAUUUGAGCUCUGGCCAGGAAAGCCUGGUAGCAAGGUGGUCGGGCGCCUCUUCAACGUCUCCUUGGAUGAAAGCCCCAGCUUCGAAGCCUUGAGCUACACCUGGGGGCCACCUCAACCAACCUAUAACAUCUCCAUUAAUGGGCACAGGGCAUUUCCUGUGCAUCGGAACCUGAGGAAGGCAUUGGACGAUCUGCGCCAGCCUGACAAGCUCGUGUUCUCUGGACGGAUGCCAUAUGUUGUCUGCGCUUGGCUCGAUCACAGCGUGCAGCCAAUGGAUGUCUUGUUCGAAGACCUUGCACGUCUCGGCAAGGAAAUUGAGCUUGAUGACUAUGAUCCGCCCUACUGGUAUCCAGUCGCCGAUAUUUUUCGAAAUCCGUACUGGCGAAGGCUGUGGGCCCAGCAGGAGCUUAUCCUGGCCAAAGAAAUCAACAUAUAUUGCCAGCGGAAUGUCUUUGAUGGGCAGCAGCCCUUACACUUUCAACAAAGAAUCAAUAAUAACUCGUUCUUCAAAGUAUCCGGCGAUGUGGGGAGGCUCUCCAACUACAUUGACAAGGGAAGGUGGCCUCCUCAGGUGCUAGGUAGUAAUAUCCUUCAUGCGAAGGCCGACAGGCUUCUGGGGAUCCAACUUCACCAUCAACAGAGUAAUGAUGUAAUGACGCAUUUCGAAAUCACCAGAAGAUAUUUAGGUUCAUCACUUCUGCAGCUAUUUCUCCAGACAGCUGGUCUGAACAUGACUGACCCUCGAGAUCGGGUUUACGGCAUCCUGGGGCUUGCUUUGUACACCGACGAGAGCAAGAUGAGGGUCGACUACGCCGCACCUGUCAUCAAGCUCUGCUUGCAGGUUUUCAGUCUCUUCAUAGACAGGCACAAGAGUGUCGACUUAUUAUGUUUCUCUGAUAGGGGGCCGUAUCAUGCUGUCCCCCGAGGGGAUGACUUCCCAACCUGGAUGCCGCAUCAGUUUGUCGGAUGGAGCCAAGUCAAUGCGAGCCGGGCCUGUGGCUCUAUUACAGCAAGGAACGCCUCCAUUGACUUGAAGAGCCGGAUUCUCUAUGUCCAAGGUCUCUUGGUGGACACAAUCGGAUUUAUUGGACCAAUGGAGGAUUCUUACGAGCUGCCCAUACUUGAGUGGUACCAGAUCCUGGAAGAGCACUGCCAAAGACUCUGGCCAGAAGAUGCUGGCCACGAACCACUGUACGAAAGGGAGAAUGUGACUAUGCUUCUACGCGGUUGGGUUUCAGAAAUGAGGUAUCGCCAACAUUAUCAACAUCAACUGAAGAGGCCGACGCGCGAGACAACGGUCGCUUUACUCCGUGCCAUUUGCGUAGCAGCGGAGCAGGUUGGUCAGGACAGGCUGACGCUCUGGGACCUUGCUUCUAGGCCAACGAGUGACUUUCUGACUAAAUAUCAGUUCAUGUGCAAGCCUCUUUCUAUCGAACUCGAAAAAGCCGUGUUCGUCGGAACUGAAUGCGGGCGGCUCGGGUCUCUGGACAGAGUGUUUAGGGUAGAGCCGGUGGACCAGGUUUGGGUCCUCCAUGGGUGUCGAAUGCCAGUGGUUCUCUCCGGGGCUAAUGCGCGGUGA